GAAAACAGAGAGAGAGAGAAGAAACCAUUGCAUUGAAACAAUAAGCUGAGCGCUUCUCUUUUUCUAGCUGAGCUCCAAAGUUAUACAGAGCACAGAAAAAGCUCUUCUUUGAAGCCAUGGAUUUGAAAGCUCUAGUGGGGCUUGCGCUUGCGCUGGCUCUUGUGCUUCCGCCAUGGCUGCUUACUCCAGCGAUAGCCUCUGUUUCUUAUGACCGCAAGGCAGUGAUCAUUAAUGGGCAGAGGAAGAUUCUCAUUUCUGGCUCUAUUCACUAUCCGAGGAGCACUCCAGAGAUGUGGCCGGAUCUUAUCCAGAAGGCAAAAGAUGGGGGAUUGGAUGUGAUUCAGACAUAUGUGUUCUGGAAUGGACACGAGCCUUCUCCUGGUCAGUAUUACUUUGGGGGAAGGUAUGACCUGGUUCGAUUUAUCAAAUUGGUGAAGCAGGCUGGCCUGUAUGUUCAUCUCCGCAUUGGUCCUUACGUUUGCGCAGAGUGGAAUUUCGGGGGAUUUCCAAUCUGGCUGAAAUAUGUUCCCGGAAUCAGCUUCAGAACAGACAACGAACCAUUCAAGGCUGCCAUGCAAAAAUUUACAGAGAAGAUUGUAUCUAUGAUGAAAGCAGAAAGUUUGUUUGAAUGGCAGGGGGGUCCUAUCAUCCUCUCUCAGAUUGAGAAUGAGCUUGGGCCAGUUGAAUAUGAUGAAGGAGCGCCAGUGAAAGCCUAUGGAAACUGGGCGGCUAACAUGGCUGUUGGCUUAAAGUCUGGUGUUCCAUGGGUCAUGUGCAAGCAAGAUGAUGCUCCUGAUCCAAUUAUUAAUACAUGCAAUGGCUUCUAUUGUGACUACUUCUCCCCAAAUAAGCCUUACAAACCUACCAUGUGGACAGAGGCUUGGACUGGAUGGUUUACAGGAUUUGGUGGCCCGGUUCCUCACAGGCCAGCAGAAGAUAUGGCUUUUGCUGUUGCAAAAUUUAUUCAGAAAGGUGGAUCCUUUAUCAACUACUACAUGUAUCAUGGAGGAACAAACUUUGGUCGAACUGCCGGCGGCCCCUUCAUUGCUACCAGCUAUGAUUAUGAUGCUCCAAUUGAUGAAUAUGGCCUACUAAGGGAGCCAAAAUGGGGACAUUUGAGAGAUCUACAUAGAGCAAUUAAGCUGUGUGAACCGGCUCUAAUUUCCGGCGAUCCUAUAGUAUCAUCAUUGGGAAAUUCUCAAGAGUCCCAUGUUUUCAGAACAAAUUCAGGUGCUUGUUCUGCUUUUCUGGCCAACUAUGACUCAGGCUCUUAUGCCACAGUAACUUUCAAUGGAGGGCACUAUAAUCUUCCUCCUUGGUCCAUCAGCAUCCUUCCUGAUUGCAAAACCACAGUUUUCAAUACGGCAAAGGUAGGAGCUCAGACUUCAUUGAUGAAGAUGAGUUGGGUGGGUAGCUUUUCAUGGCAGUCCUACAACGAAGAGACCAACUCUCUUGAUGAUAGUUCCUUCACAAAAAAUGGAUUGUAUGAACAAAUUGGUCUAACAUGGGACAAAUCUGACUACCUAUGGUACACAACUUACGUCAACAUAGGCCAAGACGAGCAAUUCUUGAAGACAGGAACCAACCCAGUCCUCACGGCUCUAUCAGCCGGCCAUGCAAUGCAUGUUUUCAUUAAUGGGCAAUAUGCAGGGAAUGCUUAUGGUGGUGUUGAUUCUCCCAAGCUAACAUACAGAGGAAAUUUGAGAAUGUGGGUUGGAAGCAACAAGAUCUCUAUACUAAGUGUGGCCGUUGGUUUGCCAAAUGUGGGAGAUCAUUUUGAGACUUGGAAUGCUGGAGUUCUUGGCCCCGUGACACUAAGCGGUCUUAAUGAAGGAAGCAGAGACCUUUCUCAUCAGCAAUGGACUUACCAAAUUGGUAUGAAAGGUGAACACUUAAGUCUUCAUUCACUUGAUGGAAGUUCCUCAGUUGAAUGGGGAGAUGUGUAUCCAAAACAACCCUUGACAUGGUUCAAGACCUUCUUCAAUGCUCCUGGUGGCAGUGAGCCGUUGGCUCUGGAUAUGAGUAGCAUGGGAAAAGGUCAGAUUUGGAUAAAUGAUGAAAGCAUUGGCCGUUACUGGCCUGCUUACAAAGCUUCAGGCUCAUGUGGUGCUUGUGAUUACCGCGGUACAUAUGAUGAGAAGAAAUGUCAAAGUAAUUGUGGAGAUUCCUCCCAAAGAUGGUAUCACGUCCCACGCUCCUUCUUGAAAGAAACUGGAAAUCUGUUGGUUGUGUUCGAGGAAUGGGGCGGCGACCCUAGUAAGAUUUCAUUCGUAAAGCGAACAGUAGAGAGUGUUUGUGCUGAGAUUGCAGAAUCACAACCGACGGUACAUAAUUGGAAUGCAAAACGACAUGGAAAGCCUAAAGCUCAUCUUUCUUGCCCUGCUGGUCGCAAGAUGAGUAACAUUAAAUUUGCUAGCUUUGGAACUCCAAGAGGAGUGUGUGGGAGCUACUCAGAAGGAGUCUGUCAUGCCCACAAAUCUUAUGAUGCUUUUCAGCAGGAUUUAACUCGGGAUGAUGGUAUAUUGCAGAACUGCAUUGGCCAGCAAUCUUGCGCAGUAGUUGUUGCUUCUGAAGUUUUUGGUGGAGAUCCAUGCCCUGGAACUAUGAAAAGGCUUGCAGUUGAAGCCGUUUGUGAGUAGCAGACUGAUGAACUAGUUCCAAUCAAAAUACUAGAUAUGAUAUGAUACAUAUCAUAUGAAAAGUAUGAAGUCUUUGUCAUGGCUGUAAGAGGGGACAGUUGGUGAGUUGCAGAAACUGCAACUUACUGAUUGAUGGAGUUGAAAUUUACAAUUAAAUUGAGAGAGAGAGAGAUAUAGAGAGGGAGGGAGGGAGGGAGGGAGAGAGUUAGCGUAAAUAGGUAGCUGGCUUCUUGAAGUCAUAUUAUAGUUGAUUUCCUGAUGAUUGGAGGUAUUUGGAAGUGUGUAGUUGUGACUCUGCAUUUAUCUUGAGUCCAAUACACCAUUAAAUUUGCAAACCCAGGGAAAAUCCUUGGUUUGCUGAUAAUUGUUGAGAGAUGAUAAUAUUUGUUAUGAGUUGUUAUAGCUUGUCAUGAAAUACAUAUGAAAUGUAUACAUCAUUUUUCAUUUUUUAAGUCUCUUAUAUGAAAUAAAGC